AUGUGGAUUAAAGUGUAUACAUUCUUAAUAAUUGCAAUUUUGUAUGUAAUAGUACAGAAUAAUGUGACAUAUGCUAAAAGGAUACUGGUUAUAUCAAAUAUACCGUCAUACAGUCAUCAAAUAUGUUAUCGUGGUCUAUGGUUAGAAUUGCAUAGACAGGGUCACGAGAUUGUGUCGAUCACUACAGACCCUAUAAAAAAUUCUUCUUUAACUAAUUAUACAGAAAUUGAUAUAAACUAUUUUCAUAAAGGCUUUCCUGAAUAUAAAUCGCUACCAUAUUCCAGUCUCACCACGGCGUAUCUUAAUUUACCGUUUCUAGAAGCAGAACGAAAUGUUAUAUGGUUUGUGGGACAUAUUCUAAAUCAGGCGGUUUUUAAAAAUUCAGAAAUGAAAAAGUUAUACGCAGUUGACAGCAAUGAACACUUUGACGCGGUUAUUGUAGCGCAGGGUCCCACAAUUUCGCUGAAUGCUUUCGCGUACAGAUUUAACGCUCCUCUUAUAGGUAUUUCAAGCUUGGAUGCAUUCAAUCAUUUGCGCUAUACGUUUGGAUCCCUGAUUCUCCCAUCGCAUAUUUCAAAUUGGCAAAUCAAUAAGCCAAAUGAAAGAAAUAUGUCAUUUUGGAGAAGACUUGUCAACUUUUAUGAAGUGUGGAAGCAGAUGUAUUCCUGGAUGAACGAACAUGUUGCUAUAGAAGAUGCGAUCGCAAAAAAGUACUUAGGAGAAGAUCUACCACAUAUCAAUGACAUAACGAGAAACAUGAGUAUAUACCUUGUAAACAGACAUCCAGCGUUUUUGCAUGGCAAACCCGAACAACCGAAUGUCAUAUAUUACUAUGGUUCUCACAUUGCAAAAGUACCGGAUGCUCUGCCAAAAAAUGUAAAACAGUUCCUCGACGAUUCGAAGGAAGGAUUUAUUUACGUCAGUCUUGGAAGCAAUGUUAAAUGGGAGGAGCUACCAAACAAUACGCUUGAAGCUUUCGUUGACGGAUUCUCCGCUUUACCAUACAAAAUUGUUUGGAAAUUAAAUCCCGAUCUAUUACCCAGGAAAUAUAAAAAUAUACUAACGUUGCAAUGGUUUCCCCAGCAAAGUAUUCUCGCUCAUCCAAAUAUCAAGUUAUUUAUUUAUCAAGGCGGCCUUCAAAGUACUGAAGAAGCUCUUUAUUACGGGAUUCCACUUAUAGGAUUUCCCAUUAUAUGGGAUCAAAUGUAUCAAGUGCGAAAUGUAGUAAGACUAGGUAUUGGAGUUCAUCUUAAAAUUAAUACUCUGUCAAAAGAAACCGUUGAAGCUACUAUACGUGAAGUUAUAAGCAACACAAGUUACAAAGAUCGGAUGCAACAUUGGAGUAAAAUUUUUAGAGAUGCACCGUAUGAUAGUAUUCAAAAUGCAGUACGAUGGAUUGAGUACGUGAUACGUCAAAAUGGAACGCCUUUCUUACAAAAUAAUCUUUGCGAUGACCCAUGGUAUCAACGAUACGAUUGGGAUAUCAUCGGAUUUCUCGCCAUAGUACUAUUCAUUGUAUUUCUUAUUUCUAUAUGGGCACUAUUUCUAAUUUUACGAUUUCACUUACAAAUAAUAUUGCACUCUCUGUAGUAGUUUUAUUAUCAGUUUUUAUUGUUAGAGAACAUAUUAAUGUUAUUAAUCCCUGAU